GACAGCAGCCCAUUGGAAUCUGUAACUACCACUACCAAAACAGAGUUCUCAAAUCUCAAUGUCUUCUUCCCUUUAUAUUCCAAUCAACAACUACUACUAUUUUAACUUCAUUUUUCCUCUCAAGAAAGAGAUUCACAUACCCUUUUCCUAAUUUUACAAUACAAGCAAAAAAACAGAACAGAAGAGAGCAAGAAAGAUGAACAUGUGGAGUAGACAUGUUAGAUGGUUGUCUACCUCAGUAGCAACAAAUAGGAAAAACAAUAUGGGAUGGUGGGACCAUGUACAGCCAGCUCCUAAAGAUCCAAUCACCAGUGUCACUCAGGCUUUUCUUUCUGACCCAACUCCUCUCAAGCUCAAUCUUGGUGUGGGAGCUUACAGAGAUGAUAAAGGAAAACCAGUAACUCUUGAGUGUGUUAGAAGAGCUGCUGAAAAGAUUUCUGGCUGUGAAAUCUUGGAAUCAACAAAAGCAACAACAAAAUCAAAGUUUGUGCAGGACUGUAUUAAAUUGGCUUAUGGAAAUGACUCUAGUGUUGUUAGAGAAGGCAGGUUUGCUGGUGUUCCAGCUCUUUCUGGGACCGGUGCGUGCCGGCUGUUUGCGGAAUUCCAAAGGCGCUUCUAUCCUAACUCACAAAUGUUUCUACCAAUGCCAACUUGGUCCAACCACCACGACAUUUGGAGGGAUUCUCAAGUUUGUACAAGAACCUACCACUAUUAUGAUCCUGAUACAAAAGGAUUGCAAUUCCAAGCCCUCGUGAAUGAUAUCAAGAACGCUCCAGAUCGUUCCUUUUUCUUACUUCAUCCUUGCGCUCACAACCCAACUGGUGUCGACCCCAACUAUGAGCAGUGGAAAGAAAUCUCACACAUAUUUAAGAUCAAGAAUCAUUUUCCUUUUUUUGAUAUGGCUUAUCAAGGAAUUGCUAGCGGAGAUGUUGAGAGAGAUGCCACUGCUAUUCGAAUAUUUCUAGAAGAUGGACAUCUAUUGGGCUGUGCCCAAUCUUUUUCCAAAAACAUGGGCUUGUAUGAACACCGAGUAGGUUGUGUCAGUAUUGUCUCCAGGGAUGAUAAGCAAGCCACAGCAAUCAAGAGCCAGUUGCAGCAAAUUGUCAGGGCAAUGUACAGUAGCUCACCGGUUCAUGGCCCAUUAUUAGUGUCAACAAUCUUGAAUGAUGCUGAUUUAAAGGCACUUUGGGAAGAGGAAGUUAAGGUCAUGGUGGAUCGCUUAAUCAGUAUGAGAAUCACAUUACGUCAAACACUUGAGGAGUUGAACUCAUCUUCGAGCUGGGAACAUAUAACGAAGCAGGUUGGAAUGUUUUACUUCUCUGGUUUAUCCCCUGAGGAAGUUAACCAAUUGCAGAGGGAUUUCCAUAUAUACAUGACUAACGAUGGGCGCAUCAGCAUGGCAGGGGUAACAAGCAGCAAUGUAGACUACUUGGCAAGUGCAAUCCAUGAAGUUACCAAAGUGUAAAUAAUAGCAACUGUAUUGGUUCAAAGCAUUUUGAAUAUGUAGUUUAGCAAUUCUUAUUGAGAUCUUGUGCAGAAAACCAUUGUCUAAUACUGUUAGAGGCUGUUCGGUAGGAUGUAUUAGAGAAAAUAAUACAUGUAUACACCUUAUUUAGUACUA